UGUAGUGAGAGAAAGUACAGAUACAAAGCAGAGGGAGAAGGGAUCCAUGUUCCUCAACCGCAUGACAUCCAAUUCAAGGAAUGGCAACUUAGGGUUCCAACACUCGUUUGGUUUUCAGGUUUUGAUGCAGAUCUUGCAAUUGGUUUUCUUACUAAAGUGAUGGUUAUAUUGUAGAAAUUAAGGUUGCACCAUUUCUAAGAGCAGCUCUCUGUUGACAAUGGGGAAGUCUCCUGGAAAAUGGAUCAAGACUGUGUUAUUUGGGAAGAAGUCUUCAAAAUCUAAUCUCGUAAAAGAUGCUACUUCAGAAAUAAAGACAUCAAUCACUGGUAAGGCACCACCAAAUGAUAUUGGUGCUGAUUCUAUGGUUAUCUCGAGCCCAGUGCGUCCUGUCCUUAAUUCAAGUGGAGAGCAGACAGAAUUGGAGAAGAGCUCCAGUGCCAACUUAGUGCCAGAUACAGCUGAACAUGUAAGAAGUCCCAUAGAGUUAAAUGCUGCAGAUGGCGAGGAGUUAAUCAAGCUAGAGCAAGCCGCCACAAAGGCACAGGCCGCUUUCAGGGGAUACUUGGCACGUAGGGCGUUUUGGGCCCUCAAGGGUAUCAUAAGGCUUCAAGCGCUAGUCCGUGGUCACUUAGUUAGAAGACAGGCUGUUGCAACUUUGAGUUGCAUGCGUGCAAUUGUUGAGUUCCAGGCGUUGGUUCGUGGCCGAAGGGUCAGGCUUUCUGGUAACGGUCAAGUGCAGCAGAAGUACGUGCCAAGACAACUUGUGGGUAAGAAACGAGCCGAAUUGCUUGUAACCUCCCUUCGUGAAGAAAAGCUAUCAAAAAAUGUGUUCGCGACUAAGCUUGUUGGUUCAUUGCACACCACCAUGGCCUUAAGCUUCCAAUAUGAACCAGCUGAACCAAAUUCUGUGAGGAGCUGGCUAGAGCGUUGGUCAUCUUCCUGCUUCUGGGAACCACUACCGCAACUGAAAAAACCGCUUGAUGCAAAGCCUAAAAGAAAGCAGCUUAAAUUGCAAGCUGAAGAAACUGAAACAGUGAAGCCAAAGAGAAGUGUUCGUAGAGUUCCUGCAGCAAAUAAUGAUAACAGUCUGUCCAAUUCCUCUGAAAAUGAAAAAUCCAGGCGUACCGUGAGGAAAGUCCCGAACCACCAACCUGAAUCAGUUCAAGAGCAAUCUCUUAAUGAGCUUGAAAAGGUGAAACGCAAUCUACGAAAAAUAUCUCUAUCCGCCUCUCUGGCUCCUGAGAAAUCAGAAAUUAAGUCAGAAAUCGACACUGAAAAGCCUCCGGACGGUUUGAAUAAAGUAUUGAGCUCCCCAUCCCCUACUCCAGAGCUUCCUGAGCAGGAAACAGAUCAUCCUUUUGAGAAAAUAAAUGGUUCAUAUGUGGAGAGUGUUAAUCAACCUGAGCCAGAAGAAGCACCUCCUGUUCAACCUCUAGAGGAUAAACCACUUGAUAUUCAGCAAGAUGAUCAUCCUACCAUCGAACCAUCGUCCCCAGAAACCAAUGGAAAGUUUGAGAAUGAACCACCGACAAAUGUGGAGUUAAAUGGGAAGGAAGAUCAUGGUAGUAAGGAAAAUCAGAAAACAAGGAGGAGAAAGUCUUUGGCAACAAAACAAGAAAAUCAUGAGAGCAUAUCACAGAACACACCCGCCUUGCCAAGCUACAUGGCGGCAACUGAAUCGGCAAAGGCCAAGCUUAGAGCACAAGCAGCAGCAAAGGCUGCAGAGGAAGGGGGGGCUGAAAAUGGUUUCAGCAGGCGGCAUUCUCUACCAUCCUCCACUGUCAAACCGAGCUUGCAUUCACCACGGGUUCAGAAGCCUAACAGUAAAGGAGGGAGUAAACCUAACAAAUCCCAAGUAUCCCCUAGAGAUGAAAAAAUGGUCCAGACAGGGUGGAGAAGGUGAGUUUGCAGGCAUGCGAUCGGCAAAUCCUUGGAGGGAGGAGGUGAGACUAUGUAUUGGAGUUGCAGUUUCACUUUUGAGUAUGGUUGUUAUUGUGGUGUGCUAUAAUAUUAUUAUUAGGCAUUAAGAAAUAACCAAUGCUUCUUGUUGUUGGCUGGUUUGGUCAUUUUUUUUCUUUGAGAGGUUAUAGUCAAUGUCUGAAUGUAUAGUGUUGGACCCAAAGUUUGUUUUGAAGCUAUUCAUGUGUUUUUUUUAUUCUAUUUUGGGAUGCUUAUGAACAGCCAUCAAAGCCAUGGAGAUAUUGGAAU